AUGGAUUUGACAAGUGCAUUCCAGAACAUUGUUGCCGACAAAAGUUUUAACACCUACGAGGAAUUUGAGGAGGCUUUAAGGGAUUUCAAAAAGGUUAGAUCAAUCUUAUUCUUACCUUUUAUGCCUAGUCAGUUUUAUCAUCAUGUAGAACCCUUGAGUUUGGUAGAUUUCUCCGUGGUUGUAUUCGCGAGCUCUCCUUUUUAUCGCCUGUUCCAUGUCUUUAUUAUGACAAACAUGAUCCCAACCGUAAUCUCUAAGCAGCUUCCUAAUGACCACAAUGUAGGAACUCAGAGAAAUAUUUGGUAGUUUAUUAACUGAGGGCAAUCCGGUUUGUUAUUGUCCCCACGAAGUACAUACCAUCUGAAUUUAUCAUUUGCCCUUAAUCCACCUGUGUUUGCCUCGUUGCUAUUGGCUCUUUAAUUCGCGUCCAUCUUUGUAGAUUUUUGUUGUGGUGGUACUUUAAAAUACUGCCUUCACAAACAUUCAGGCCAUCGUCUUUUCUAAGCCCGGUUUAAAACCGGUUAACGUAUUCCUCUAUUUACGUCCGCCUCUUGGACGAUUAAAUUGGUUUUGAAAGUCCAAAUUGGACUAAAUGGGACGCCUCUGUUUGACAAACAAACCUUUUCAGAAGCCGUUCAACAGGCCAACAUAUUCAAAUAGGCAAUUACUGACCAGAUGACGACUUCCGUUCAUUUGAGCACUAGGGUGCAUAACUGGACGACCCGACGUCUUGGUAAGCAAAUAAGAGAACACGUACCAGCCUUGCUAGCAAAAGAGACGUACUGAUCGUCCUAAGCUCUGCUUUUGGGAAUCCGGUCGCUACUGUACAUCACGUGGACAUCGAGAAAUCCUCCUUAGUGCUCAACAAGGCGCCGACUAGUCGCAUCUUCGUGAUGACGAGAGCAGUGGACGUACGAAUGGAUAACUUUGUUUACUGCGCUCGUCAUUUCCUACUGGAUCAAAAUCUGCCAUGACCAAACGUACUUCCACUUCACACCCCGUAUAGCUAAUCGAUCCUUACCUGUCUCUUUUACAUUUCCGCUUCGACUGAUCCAUAUUUCCGUUCCCGCUGAAAGUCAACUAACUUCCUGGCACCUAUAUACCUUAUUCCUUAAGUGGGCGAACGUAGUUAUAUGUCCUCAAUAUGCAUAUUUAUGUACAGAAGACAGACACGUGAUCACUGCGGCAGUACAUAUGUUAGCUUAAGUUUUCGCGCUCUUACAGGAGGCCAUCAUCAGAGACAGUGAGGACGUAACGUCAAAUGAGCAGUUUUUGCAGUCAUACAAGGAGGUGGGAGGGCGAGAUUGGGGAGGCAGGGGUGGUGUUCGCGGUAAGGCUGAGUCCACGGCGUCGUGACGGCGUGUGUCCUCAGCUGGGAAUUGGGUCGCGGCUCCUGGCCGCGGAAACGAAACGCGUUUGUUGAUGGAGUUGGUGUCAGACACUCAAGCCUGCAGCAGUCUGCUCCCUGUCAUGUUGCUGGCUCGCGCCAUUAUCCGCGUGCUAACGAAUUCGAGUUCGUGGCUUUCCUCCAGGAGGUGAAUAGCGACCUGGGACAGUAGGUCGCCUUUACAGACAGCCCAGUUGUGCUGUGGCGUUCGCAAGUUAAGUCCUCACCCGGCCUAGUCUGCCGGCAGCCAUUGUUUGCCAUCCUGAUUCCCCUGAAACUUCUGCAUAAUAUUUUUCACCCAUAUUGAGACAAUCCCUUAAUUGGUGUAGUCGAUGAAGAUAGUAAAAAAGGGGGAUGUUUUUUACAUCCGCUACUGUCAGAGUCUAUUCCGAUCGCUGUCAUAUUUGUAAUGCCGUGAACCGUUGUCACUGUAUGCCAUAAUGCCCCUAGAUAUGAUGAUCCCCCAGCUCUUCCGUGACCACGGUCGAAACCGGCAAAGCGUCGGCAGCGGACCGGUAAACAUUGUCAGCCGAUAAUGUGUAACGUAUCACAAUUUUGCCUUUGUUGCAAAAACUACCACCGGCCACCCCUAAGCACUAAUUUUUUGUCGCUCAAAAGGCGCUUAGGAAGAUGACCGAUUCUCCAUCACUGUCACCCAAGCACAUCACGACCGUCUUUAAGCUUUUUUAGUCUGACUCCAAUAUCGAGGCAUUUUUCUGAUGCUUGUAGAAGCAUUCAGAACAUGAAACUUUUUUCGAACCCAGACUCGUUGAUUCCACCUCUAACGAUUGCAUGCCUGGGGGAUUCUUUGAGCACUCAUUAGGUGCCAUUUGUUAAAAACAGCAGUUACAUUAAAAGCGGUGUCUAGCCUGUCCUGUUUUGUGGCUGUAAUAUCUUCCUCGCGACACUUAGCGUUAAAGGGACCGCUGCUUGAUCGUCUUUGUUGCGAUUAUAGAGUCGUGAUCCAAGAACGUACGCUGUUAACUGCCCUGAGACCAACGGCUACAUUCUGACCUACUACCCGAAAUCUGAUCUUGGAUACAAUAGNCCCUGUCCAGCAAACAGGCGUUGAAUUCGCCCGUGGCCGCGCCACCUACCACCCAGAGGGCACGAUCAAACGGGCAAACUUGUUGAUCGCCAAUGCGGAAUACGUCUGCCGUUGCAAGCGCUCCACGGCAUGCGAGGCUGCCUUCAAGCUUGGCUCCCGGCGGCUAUCCCUCCACAUCAUAAAAUUCUACAUGCUGCACAAUCACGAGGCCUGUCGAGCAGCACUGGAGGAGGAGGAGGGACACAAGGAGGGCGAUCAGCAUGCCCCACCAGGUACUCCGCUUGCGUUAUACACUAGUCUCAGAUGAGCAUUGUCAUAUUCUGUCAAGUAAACAUCAAUAGUCCCGUGAUGUUACUGACUGCUGAGCAUAAGGAAACCCGGACGGAUUGAAAACUCGGUUGGAUACCAGUGUAGCACUGGCAGCCGUGGUGGCGGUGGUAGUACUAGUAGUACUAAUAGUAGGAUUAUUAGUAGUAUUCGCCGUAUCAGUGGUGGUAGACGGGAGAAAAAGUUUUCUCCAGUGUUGCGACACUGUAUUCCCGCCAGUGGUAGUAGUAUUAGUAGUAACAGCGGUAGUAGUGGUAGUAGUAGCAGUAGUAGUGGUGGUGGUAGUAGUAGUAGUAGUAGUAGUAGUAGUAGUAGUAGUAGUAUUAGUAGUAGUAGUAGUAGUAGUAGUAGUCCGCCCGUAAGACAGGCUGGUGGGGGAAUAGACAAUUCUAAGUGUUGCGACACUGUAUUCCCGCCGAAAACUCCUCCCAGGACUGAGUUGUCCUGCUCCACUUCCGAAUUCUGAUCUACCGAGGGACCGCCGUUAGCUUUGUGAGCCACCACAUUACCUUGUUUUUGUCUCAGAAGGCCAGCCCAAUGGAGUCUGGGCGCUUCUUCUGCUGUAGAUUUUCGGUGGCCCUGGUAAUCCGUUACAUCAGACAGUAAUGGCUACUACUUUAAUCCGAUUGGUUACCGCCGUUUUUUUUUCAUUCUCAUCAGCCUACGAAGUCCUCGAGGACCUGACGCCUGAAUUUGUGCGCUUUUUCCCCUCUGACCGCAUGGACUCCUAUGAGGCCUUCAAUGAGAGACUGCGCCAGUUUCAGCAGGCCACGGGCAGCGUGUACGUCCUCGGUCGCAGCAAUAAGUGGCCGCAGAAGGAGAGGGGAUCUGCGGCAACCGCGGGCCUGACCUACAAAAACGUCACACUUCAGUGUGUGCACUUUGGUAGUGGCAAUAGCAGACAUCUGUCGGACAACAGCAGUGCUCGUGUUAAGUGAGUCCGACUGUUAUCCCCCAUCCUCGUCUGCCCUUUGCCGUAUUUACGUACGUCCGUAGCUCGCCCUGCUAGACAACUAACAGCUUUCAAGAGAAGCGAGUACCAGGAAGUAAUCUCGAAGUAGGAGACACGAUCGCUGGGAGAAGAGCUUUAUUAGCCUGACAUUUCGGAUUCCUGCCCUAACCCAUCAUCAGAGACAAAAGCAGAAACGGGUGGUUGAUGGACAAAGGGCGGCUGUAUUUCGGAUUCCUGCCCUAACCCAUCAUCGGAGACAAAAGCAGAAACGGGUGGUUGAUGGACAAAGGCCGGCUGUAUUUAUAGGAUGCAGUAGCCAUGCUACCGCAUACUUAUGAACAUUCACGGCUCUCCCCUUCAUCGGGGAUCGUCGCACUUGGUGUGCUAAUUGCUUGAUGGCCGACACACGAAUCAAGACUUCGCCUAGGCAGAGUAAUUGGCCACGCAGGGAUCGCACAGGUGAACACUUUUCUCAACGCCAGGGUGUGUGGGUCAGGUGGUCGAUCAAUCAUCACACAAGAAUCCAACGCACGUGAUGAAAUUGCAGCAAUUAACGACGCGAAUGUCGACCAUGAAGCAAUAAGCACACCAAGUGCGACGAUCCCCGAUGAAGGGGGGAGCCGUGAAUGUUCAUAGGUAUGCGGUAGCAUGGCUACUGCAUCCUGUAAAUAUCGCAGCCCUUUGUGCAUCAACCACCCCGUUUCUGUUUUUGUCUCUGAUGAUGGGUUCGGGCAGGAAUCCGAAACGUCAGGCUAAUAAAGCUCUUGUCGUAGCGAUCGUGUCUCCUUCUUCAAAACUAACAGCUUUCUUUGUGUUCUGUCGCGCAGAGUAAAUGGUCAGGGGAAUUUGAACACGCAGUAGAAAUCUCCCAACUUUGUGGGUAGGUUUUCCAGCAGAGUUGUAAAGGAUUGGGUCAGAUAGCCCUACGUCUGUAGACCUUAUUGUCUGGCCCCAUCCAUCUCAGUUACGGGACACAUUUUUACCCUUGACUGAACUAAAACGCCGGCCCAUCAAAGAAGGCUGUUAAUUCAUAGAAGCAAUUUACUCGGACGAGACUGGCACAGGUGGGCAUAUCGUCUUGGUCGUCACAUGAAGAAGUCUUAGUGAGAAGUAGAGAUGUACGCAGUCAAUCCCAACUGGUUGUUUGUGUACUCUUUUAACUAAUCAUACAAUCGGUCGGUUGCAUCACUUUUGGUGGUAGUUUCCAACCAUGGCGCGAGGUUACCGUCCUUCAACCUGGUUGCCAAGUCCUCGGUAAAAGGUCUGGGGUACGACUCACCUGUUUGUCGAUUACCGACCUGAUUUUUACUCUUUUAUAGUUUUACGCGGGCUAUGUUUAUUUCCAACUCGCCCAAUUAUCCAUUUGACAACAAAACCAAAAGUGUGCUACUUUUAUAGACUAAAUAAUCCCAGGAGUCAAAGGUUCGUCUACCAGAUAGCCAUAUUGUGGCCGCUAGAAUCGAACUGCAGUUUUCGCACGCUAAGCACUGACUUAGCCUAGACAAAUUGUCGGACACUAUCGGUUUAACUACAUCUGCUGACCACUCCUGAAACAGCGCCGGUCAGAUUAUGUGUAUCGCCUGCCCAUAUGGUUUUCUCUAUCCAUCUUCUUACGUCGAGUGUUAAAGAAUUCACUGUCUACUAUUUCAGCAAUUUAAUUCUUCCUCGUUCGCUUUUUAAUAGCCGGACUGUCCGCAUUGGAUGUAAAUCGCGUAUUUAUGUCUCCUCCGUUCGUGGUGGCGUGGAGUUAGUGAGUUUCGACAUGCGCCACAACCAUCGGAUUUCUGUCCAGAUGGCUCGUCUCUAUUGCCAGAAUCGGCGACUGUCUCCCCAGGCCCUACAAGAGGCCGCCAAACUGAUUGCCAAAAAUAUUGACAACUUUGCUCUCUGGCGUUAUCUCCAAGGUAGGUCUCGCUUGUUCUGGAUCAAUGCAGAAUAUUCUAGUAGGUAGUCUUACAAAGAAGUUUAUCAGGGGGUUCAGAAACCUUUGCCCCAAACCGGAGUUCGGAAGCCCAACGCGUACUCACCCCCGUACUCCACACCAAACCUGUCAAUUAUUGCAUGUAGAUAUGUAUAUAUAUUGAAGCGAAAAUGCGCGUUCCCGGAUAUAACUGAGAAGAUUAGGCGAUCACAGGAACCAUGGAUUUAUUUGCCUGACGUUUCGAAAGCAAACAAGCUUCCAUCAUCGGAGGUGGGUUGCGUACUGCACGUCGCAGUAUUUAAGGGUUUUCUUUCGUGCUGGCGUGUCACUGACUUCCAGCGCGCUGCAUCACACGGUAUGGCGAUGGUUGUCAUGGCGGAGUUCCGUAUGAACGAUCGGUGAGCGCCCCCUACCAUUGUAUAUUCCCGAUUGAAAACCGACAGGGCAACGGGCUCGUGACCCAGUGGUUAGAGGCGUGGACUUCUAACUAACAGGUCGCGAGUUCGAGGCUCGGGUGUUCCACACUUUGGGAUUGGAUAUGACUGACUGACGACGGCCUAUAAGCCAGAAAUGGCCAUUCCAGUCUCCCUUGUCUUUGUCGGUAAUUCUGUUCUGUGUAUAUACAUCUAGUCACUCAGGAAUGGGCGCACAGUGAUCCAUUGGCUUCCCGAAGAGAACAAGCUUCGUAUUUGUGAUAGUGGUCACAAACAGGCAACCAGCUACCAGAACAUAGCCAAGCCAUAAUAUUAUCAGCUCUCUUCAGUUAUUCUACCUUCGUAGAGAUUUGUAAAUCCUUUUAUUGAGGCGGCCUCCCUGCUGUUGUGGAAGUAGUUCUGACCUCUUUGUUUACUUUCCAUGUCAUAUCACCAAUGCCACCGAACUCUCAUCUUUCCCCUCUUCUUCCUAGCAGACUUCUACAACCCCAAUCUGACUCGAGAAGAUGUUAGGCGGUUGAAAGGAAAGUUGAAGAGGACAGCUCUCUCUUCCUCUGCACCGCUUGCGCAACCAGCGUCGCUAGCUUCCGAUGUCGUCUCCGAAGGAACCUCGAGGUCACCAGAACUCCCUCUAGCCAUAAUAAGCCAUAUGAAGCCUGCAUCUACAGCUUCUAACAUGGAAAGGCAGCCGGAACCAACUCCAGCAGCUCCCACUAAGGCGUCCGUGUGCAAUAUGUACAGUUUUCCCACUUCUGGCAAUGAGGUCGACCUGGAGGAUGCGAAGAAGCCUCGCCUUCUUCCGCGCUAG